AUGGAAAAGCUGCAGCCUCUGACAGGCGAUGAUAGUCCAAGAGAAAUGCUAUCUGCAAAAGUUUUUGAUGCAGCGAUUUCAGCCUUAGGAGACACCUUAAACCUCUCAGCGGCUGAUGAGGCUGUCACAAGCCGCCGCUCCGCUCUCCUCGGGAACGGAGGAGUCUUCCUUUCCCUUUCUGCCAGUCCAACGGAGAACUGUCUUUCUAUUCCCGGGUCCGGGCUCAACUGCAGACGGGGAGAGAACAGCCACAGCCGGCUGCGCUCCGUGUCGGUGGGCUGCAGCGCUUCGGCUUCUUUAAAAGUGGGCUCUGCGUGUGCGAGGGCGGCGCGGGAGGGCGGCAGCGCGCUCGGAGCCCGCGGGUCCCGCAGACGCCGGGGCGAGUGCCCGCAGGUGCGGCGGUGCGCGCGGGCGGGGCGGGGCGGGCUGGGCGGCUGCGGCGGGAGCGCCCGGGAGGCUGAGGCUCGCACUCCGCUGGCUCGCGCUCGCGCGCACAGGCGCUCGCACCCGGCCCGGCGCGCCGCCCGCGCUCACCUGCAUUUCCUUAACGAGCCACUUGAUGGCUGCGGCGGCGCGGCCGCGGCCCGCAGGAAGGACCGGCGGGGGGCGGCAGGAUGCCGAGGCGACGGGAGACCCGAGCCUGGGUGGCCAGGCUCAACCUCGACCCCGGGCUGGGCGCGGAGAGCACCUGCCGGCUACCGGGCGCCGGGCAGCGUCGGGCCAGCUGUGCUGAAUAUUCUUCAUCCUUCUCUUUGCAUUCCCAGCUCCAGAUCCACAAGGAACUCAGAAUCCUGGGGAUAAAGUUUGAGAACUUGGAGCAUCCUGGUUUCUCCUGUCCUACUGGAUUCUCUUUGUCAGUGGGAGAAAGGCCAGCCAUCUCCAGUGCAUUGGAGAGCUCCUUUCUGGCAGUGGCUGUGUUUGUUUAGGAGGACGGUCUUGCCACCACCAUGCAUAUAUGCCAUAUAUGCACUUCCUUUAUAGCAUAUUCCUUCUGCUGUUCACUAGGGCUGGAAUUAUGGCCCUUGGACUCCAUCAUCAAUUCCUUUAAUCCAGCAGCCUUUCUGGAAAAUAUUCUUCAUUAUCUAAAUUUGGUUUAGAAUUACUUCUAAUUGAGACUUCCUUUUCCUUAUGAUACUUGGGAUAUCAUAUUUGUAUUUUUAAAUACAAAAUAGUCAAGCAUGAUAAGCACUUUUCCUAAUUAUUAUAAAGUUUAACAAAUAUAUCAGCUACUGUGUACAGAAGUCUGAAAAGAUUAUCAUGGCUCCACCUGAAAAUAAUUUUAACACAAAUUUAAUUGUAAACCGGAGUGCACUAAGAGACGCAUAGAAGGAGCCAGGAAGACAUCAUUUCAGGGUUUGUAUGCAAGGUAUUUCCAAUGGAGAUUAGCAUGUGAAGCAAUAAAUAAAGUCGGGAUCACAACGCACCACUGUGGUUGGACAAUCAUCCAGUUAAGGCCUCAGAAACAACCUGUCCUUGGACAUCAGAACUUUAAUUUGAGGCUUCAGCCACCAGGACUCAAGCCUUUAGGCUCUGGCAAAUUUUCUGGUUUUUACAUGUCUGAAAUAUCCAAUUCUUCCCUCAUGAUCCACUUAAAAUUCUUUCUUGGAGCUUCUUGGCCCCCAUAAUUGCAGAGUGGUUGUGCACUUGGUUUUGUUUCUCUAUAGAACCCUGAAUAGUACACAGAAGAUCUUUAUCUAAAUUUAGAGCAUGUCAAUGUUGUCCACAGAGUUGUCACAUCUGUAUACUAAAUGAGCCUAAUGCAGCAAAUUUUUGAAAAUGUCCUAUGUUUUAUGAACAUAUAUCUUCACAUUUUUAUCUCAUUGCAAAAUAAGAAUGAUGGAUAAUUUGAAGCCUAGUGUUUAUUAUCUGACUAAGCAAGCCACUGUUUAUUAAGGCGCUAUGAUUUUCAUCUGUUUACAUACUGCUUCAGGAAAACCACAUGGGUCCAUUCCUUUAAUUAUUUUUUAAAAGCCAAAGAUGAUCACGUAAAAGUGAACUCAAAUUACCAAUACUAAUUCUCAAAUCACUGUUCCAUGAGUAUACAAUAGAAUGAGCCUAGUGGGUCACAGAGACUGAUGUGACAAGCACAUGACCAACAAAGUGUGCACCAGAUGGUCUGCACACACAUUAUGGUUAUUAGCUUGGUGUUUUGUGGGACUCCUAACAGUGGAAACAGGUGGAUCUCUGACUCUUUUCCCUGAUCUUGGGACUCAUUUCCUCCUAUUGGGUUGACUUGCCCGGCUUCCAAUAGGAGAGCUUUUGUCUUGUCUUAUUGUAUCUUGUCUUGUUGGGUUUGGCAGUCGUCUCUUGAAGCCUUUCAUUUUUCUGAGAGGAGACAGAUGGUGAGUGGAUCUGGGAAGUGAGGACUUGGGGCAGGGAGCUUGGAAGAAUGGAGGGAGGGGAAAUUGUAUUGUAUGAGAGAAUAAUCUAUUUUCAAUAACAAAACAAGGGAGCCAAUUGAAUACACUCUUUUAAGCAAAAUGUUCCCCAAAAAUAUGUAAAUCAGAACAGAUGACAUCAAAUCCUUAAAUAAAUGAGAAGUAUAAUUCUAUAAAGAAAAUAUAAUAUUUGAUUUGGGUCAUUAUUUUUAUUUUAAAAGUAAUAAAAUAUGUCAACUGCAAGAUUCUUUGUAUUUAGCUGUGCUUAGUUAAGGUAUUAUAAAUUUCAGUUCUGAUCCUGACUACUUUUGAAUUUUAUUUGCCAGAUAUGGCAUGAUAAUGGGUAAGUACCCCACUUGUAUUAUUCAGUCAUGUGAGCAGCAUUCUAAGUUUCAGAUUGAAGAGUUAUAGUUCUGUGGUAGUGUGCUUGCUUAGUGUGCCCGAGCCCUCACUACAAGCACAAAAUUAAUGCACAUAUAGAUGAAAAAUAAGUUCAUUUAUUUCAGCUCUUAGAAAAUUGAGGUUUUCUAGCUGGGUUAGGUCUCACAGAUCACAUAAAUAAAUGAAAUGCAUACCACAACAGCCUGUCUCUUGACUCUCUCUUCUAUGUUAUUCAUCUGCUUCUUGUUGUUUGUGCCUAUUCUAUCUUGGAUUUGGGAGCUUUUGAAAUGUUUGACAUAAACUAGAAAUUUGUGAUAGGUUAAUGUUAAAAUAUAGGUUCAAAACAGAAAAAAAAGUGUUUUUCUAUAAGAACUGAUUUUCUACUUUUCAAGUAAGUCACAGUUCGCUAUUCCAAUUCGGUGGCCUUGCAUAUUAAUUCCAUAUGAGAAAUGAUUUUGCUUGGUCCCAUAUAAAGUUUAAUUUCAUUAUCUAGUUUGUAUUCAGGAAAGGAAAUAACUUUAUGAUUUUAGCUACAUUAUUUGUAAGCCUUUUCCAUCACCAUAAUUUAUUUUAUAUGCUAAUUUCUCUUUUUGGGUAACUGUUUCCUUAUAUUCACAUGAUUUUAUUUCCCACUUUACUUACAAAUAAAAAGAAUAUAAAAUCUAUAAUAGCUCACCUGUCUUUUACAAUGAACAAUAAACCCUUCUAGAACUUUCAUAGGCAUGCCCUCUAUUUCAGAGAACAACAAAAUAUUUUACAAGUCUUUGUUUUUAGCCUUUUGUUCAUACACAAUGCUAUUGUGGCAGGGAAAAUACGUUUGCAUUGGCAAAGAUUUUAUAUAUAUUUGGAAUAUUUAAAGUUGUGAAUUUUAAGGCAGAAUCAAAAGGAAGAGUUGUAAAACAAUAAAAUUAUAGAAACUGUUUUUUAGCUUUUGAUAAUCUGUACCUAAUAAAUCAAUUGGAAUAUUUUAUUUUAUUUUUUGAAAGUAUAUAUUGUGUUUGAAAAAUUACAAAUCUCUUUAAGUAAGUUUUCCACAUAAUACAAGGGGUGAUAUAGCCUAACACCUUGCCCUUCACUUCUCUUUCACAGAUGAAACCACUAAAUCCACUGUGUAAAAUGCUCAAUUUUAUAUAAUAAAAAUGGAGUCCAGUUUUCA